CUUUGGUUCUCCGCCUGGCUUUGGACUCUUCUCCUCCUCCACCUCCUCCUCCUCCCGCGCCUCCUCCGCCGCCGCCUCCUCCUCUUCCUCUCCGCGCCUUCGCUCUGUGCCCGGCCGCCGGAGGCAGAUCCAGGCGGUGGCGGAGGCGGCAGUCACAGGAUCGCGGCUGCCCGGGCUGAAGCCGCCUCUACCACCGCCGCCUGCUCCCGGAGCCCAGCGGCCACUGGACGCACCGCGCGAAUUGGGAGUGGGAGCCGAGGCGGCGCGAAAGCGCAAGGCUCGCCGGGGCCGACAGGGCGGGCGGGCGCACUGGCCAUGCUUCUGGACGCGGGGCCGCAGUUCCCGGCCAUCGGGGUGGGCAGCUUUGCGCGCCACCAUCACCAUUCSGCAGCCGCGGCAGCCGCGGCGGCCGCGGAGAUGCAAGACCGUGAACUGAGCCUGGCUGCAGCGCAGAAUGGCUUCGUAGACUCGGCCGCUGCGCACAUGGGAGCCUUUAAGCUCAACCCGGGCGCACACGAGCUGUCCCCUGGCCAGAGCUCGGCGUUCACGUCGCAGGGCCCCGGCGCCUACCCCGGCUCCGCGGCGGCCGCCGCCGCAGCCGCCGCGCUCGGGCCCCACGCUGCGCAUGUUGGCUCUUACUCCGGGCCGCCCUUCAACUCCACUCGGGACUUCCUGUUCCGCAGCCGCGGCUUCGGGGACUCGGCGCCGGGCGGAGGGCAGCAUGGGCUAUUCGGGCCGGGUGCGGGUGGCCUUCAUCACGCGCACUCGGACGCGCAGGGCCACCUCCUCUUCCCUGGCCUCCCGGAGCAGCAUGGGCCGCACAGCUCGCAGAAUGUGCUCAAUGGGCAGAUGCGCCUCGGGCUGCCUGGAGAAGUGUUCGGGCGCUCGGAGCAAUAUCGCCAGGUGGCCAGCCCGCGGACCGACCCGUACUCGGCGGCGCAGCUCCACAAUCAGUACGGCCCCAUGAAUAUGAACAUGGGUAUGAACAUGGCAGCGGCCGCGGCCCACCACCACCACCACCACCACCACCCCGGUGCCUUUUUCCGCUACAUGCGGCAGCAGUGCAUCAAGCAGGAGCUCAUCUGCAAGUGGAUCGACCCCGAACAGCUCAGCAACCCCAAGAAGAGCUGCAACAAAACUUUCAGCACCAUGCACGAGCUGGUGACCCACGUCUCUGUGGAGCAUGUCGGAGGCCCGGAACAGAGCAACCAUGUCUGCUUCUGGGAGGAGUGUCCUCGCGAAGGCAAGCCCUUCAAGGCCAAAUACAAACUGGUCAACCACAUCCGCGUGCAUACAGGCGAGAAACCCUUUCCCUGCCCCUUCCCGGGCUGCGGCAAGGUCUUCGCGCGCUCCGAGAACCUCAAGAUCCACAAAAGGACCCACACAGGGGAGAAGCCUUUCCAGUGUGAGUUUGAGGGCUGCGACCGGCGCUUUGCCAACAGUAGCGACCGGAAGAAGCACAUGCACGUCCACACCUCCGAUAAGCCCUAUCUCUGCAAGAUGUGUGACAAGUCCUACACGCACCCCAGUUCCCUGCGGAAGCACAUGAAGGUCCAUGAGUCCUCCCCUCAGGGCUCCGAGUCCUCCCCGGCCGCCAGCUCGGGCUACGAGUCCUCCACGCCCCCGGGGCUGGUGUCCCCCAGCUCCGAGCCGCAGAGCAGCUCCAAUCUGUCUCCCGCGGCGGCGGCGGCGGCGGCGGCGGCGGCAGCGGCGGCGGCGGCGGCGGUGUCCGCCGUGCACCGGAGCGGAGGCUCGGGCAGCGGCGGCUCGGGAGGCGGCUCCGGCGGCGGCAGCGGUGGGGGCGGCGGCGGGGCGGGCGGCGGGGGCGGCGGCAGCUCUGGUGGGGGCAGUGCGACGGCCGGGGGCCACAGCGGCCUCUCCUCCAACUUCAAUGAAUGGUACGUGUGAGGGCCGGGGCCUCCCUUCCUCCCCCUGUUCCCCGCGCCGCUGCCCUCCCCGCAGCGAGAGGCCAGGGCGCCUUGGGAUCUCGUAUUGUUAAAAUUAUAAAUCUGAUUUUUAUGAUGAUGAAAACGAUUUUACCAGCAGAAGGAUUUUUUUAAAAGUUUUUUUUUUUUUUUUUAAGAAAAAAAAAUUAGGCAUGAAAAGCAAGGAAAAAAAAAAACACCCUUCCGGAGUCUCUGAAGCUGAAAACAUAAAAUAAGAAAUAAAAAAUUAAAAAUAAAAACCCACAAAAAUAUUGAAUCAAACCUCCCUGCCAUCACCCCUCAUGCCCCCUUUCCUUCCCACCCUGUUCUUCAGACAAACUGUACAUAGCAGACUCUUUCCUUUCCUUCUCUGAGUGAUUUUAACGGCUUCUUGGUGUAUAGAAGUUUUGUCCAUUUGUAAACUCUGGGUUGCGUUCCUUCCUGCCUUCCUUUCCUUCCCCAAGUGAUGGGCUUUUUCUUUUCUCUUUAGUUUACCUGGUUUCUUUUUUAAGUAAUGUGGAAGAAAAUGGUUUAUUUUGUAUUGUGGUAUUGAAUAUUGUGUUCCUUUUUAUGAGGCAACUUGAUUGUAAACUUCAUGCAACUAUAGACUGGAGGAAAAAAAAUUGAGCCGUGCCAAAGUCUCCCUUCUGUUUCUUCGACACACCGACCCAUAGCACACACACCACCACCAACAACAACGCUUGUGAAUGUAUUUUUCUGUUAGUUGGGUUUACAUGUGAUGUUUUAGUGCUUUUGCAAGUUCAAUUUGUUAGUUCCUGUAUGAAAGAUUGUGGGGGGAAAAUAAACGUUGUGCCGUUAGCUUUUUCCGUAAUAACACCCUCCCUUCUGUAAAUACCCGUUACCAUAUUUAUCCAUUUGUAAUUAAAUUAUGGUAUUAACUUGCUACAGAGGAAACAAUAUUUAUAAAGAAUGUUUCUUAACUAUAAAUAUGUACAAUUGUGGGCAUAAACUGUUUCAGAUUUUUUAUUUGAAGGUUUUAAGUGGUUUGAUCAUUUCUUGUGAUAUGUUUUGAGAGUAAUGCAUACAGAAAUAUAAUAAAAUGUGUUGAAACUGCAUGAACAUA